AUGCCAUUAGGUCUAGCAAACAACUUGAUCUACUGGGCUAGCUGGGGAUUCACCCUAGCACUUGAAUUGUCUAUUUUGGCCAGUACCUGCCUGUAUUGGAACGCUGGCUUUGUAGAGAGUCAUCAAGGUUUGAUCAUGUUUGGCAUUUGGCUCCUUCUAACGGCAUUUAACCUAUUACCUGUGGAUACCUACGGAGAGAUUGAAUUUUGGAUCGCAUUGGUGAAGGUUGUGGCGAUUUUAGGAUGGAUCGUUUUCGUAUUGGGGAGCUUGCUCUAUUCUGGAACCUUGUUCCAAACAUACACGGCAAACCUUCCGUCUAGCUUCUUCGGAUCCCUUGAUGUCCCGUCAGCAUACAUAGUCAGGUUCAUCAACUCCUUGGUGUUCGUGUCGUUCAUUUUCCAGUCGGUCGAGUCGAUUGCUAUCACUACAGGUGACAUGGAGAAACCGCAGGAAACGGUGCCCAAAGUCACUUGGCUUAUCUUCGUCCGGAUUGUGGUUUUCUAUUUGCUUUCUGUUGCACUUCUAACACUCACCAUCUCCUUCGACGACGAAAGACUACUUGGAGGCUCUGAAAACGCCAGAGACAAACUUUUGUCGUCGCCAUUCCUCAUUUCGCUCAUCAACUGUGGACUUAACGAGAACGGUAUCAUGCUCUCCACCUUCAAUUUCGUUAUCUUCACUGCCAUUCUUUCUGCCGCAAACUCAAACAUAUACUUCGGCUCAAGGUGCCUCCAGGCUGUGUGUGAAGAGCAUCGAGGAUCAUCCUUGGCUAGGGUUUUCUCGAAAUCCAAUGCAUCUGGCGUCCCUGUGGCAAGCGUGCUACUAACCUCAAUACUCGGCCUCACUUCCCUCCUUCUCAGAUACCAAUCGAUUGCCACAGUGUUCAAUUUUCUUCUUACGUGCUGUGCUUCCGCCGGGAUGUUGAUGUGGUGUCUCGUGGGUUUUUCAUACGCUAGAUUCAGCAAGGCACUAUCUGCUUUCGGAGUGGACAGGAGCAGGCUUCUGUAUACCUCCAAGUGGAACUUACCACGCUGGGCGCCGUUUGUCUCGGUGAAUAUCGUGCUGAUUCUAUUAUGCAACGGUCUAAGCUGCUAUUGGGACUUUUCGUACCUGGCGCUCAUUGGCGCAUAUUCUACGCCGGCUGUCUUCCUAGCUCUUUGGGCGAUUUUCGAACUAGGGGAAGGUCAUGGCCUUAACAGCGUCAAGGACAUCAAUAUCUACGAAGAGACGUUUCGGUGGUCGAAGGACGAUGACAGCUGUUUCGCCGAAUAA